AUGUUAAAUUUAUUGUAAAUAAACUAGCAAUUCUAAACAAAAUUAUAAUCCCCAUAUAAAAAAUAGAAAAUAGAAUAGAUCGUUCAAAAGCUCAAGGAUGAAACUAUCAUUAUUGAAAAUAUAAAUGUUACUUAAUUAUUAACUUGCUUAAACCAAUUAUAGUUAAUAUUAAGCUUAUAAACGUAUAUUUUAUUAAUAUUGGUAGCAAUCAGUUUUUAAAGCUCAUUAUAAGAACAGGAAGUGUAAUAAAAUUUGAUAGUAAUAUUUCAGUUUUUCAAGAGAUUCUUGAAAAUAAUUGUGAAAAAGAAAUUUUUUUAGAAAAGCUUUAAUAUUUAGAAAAUUUAGAUGUUAAAAUUUUAAGUAGUGGCAAUAAAUAACUUUAAUUGAAUCCAAAUUUUAGUAUAAUUGAAAAAUUAACAGCACCAUAUCAUACUCCGAAUCUGGAUGAAUUAUUAGCACAAUUUCUAAAAAGUUAAGAUAUAUAAAUUUAAUUGUUUAUUAAAUUAUAUUGCAUCAUUAGCAUAUUAUAAAGUUAGUUUAAUUAAAUAAUAAUAAACCAAAUUAAUUUGUCAGUAGAAAAUUAAGAUAAAGAUGAACCAAUAAAAAAUAGAGUUUUUAUGACAAAUUUAUAAUAAAUAUUUUAAACAUAAAAGUAAGAAAAAGUUUAAAUGGAAGUAAAACCUAUUAAUUAUUAAUAUUAAUAUAACAAAUUACUAAUAUAUUAAUAAGCAGAAAAUAAUUUAAUAACAAAAGCAUUUGAUCUUUUAGAUAAUACUAUGUAUCCAAAAAGAAAAAGAAGUUUCGAAAAAGAUAAAGAAUCUGCUUAUUAAAAUUUUUCUUAGAAAAAUCAAUUUGAAAUGUCUAUGGAUAUUUUUAGAGUAGAUCCUUAUAUGUCAUACUAGACAUUAUUUUCACAAGUAGCACCACCUUAAUAAUCACCAGUAUUAACUCAUGUAUCGACAUUUCCAAAACCUAAUAGUUUGUGUUUAUCUCCUACAAAUUCAGAUAGUUAUAGUUUUACCUCACAAAAGAAUAAGGGACUUAAUUAUUAAUUUAAUUAAGUUUACUAACAUUUAAUUGAUUAAAAUUAAUAUGCAUAAAUCAGUUAAUAAAACAUUGAUGCUUAAAUUAGAUAAAGAAAAAUGCUAAUAAAUUAAUAAUAAAAUUAAAGAGUAUCAAGAAGCAAAUCAAAUUCAACUGUGAUAAUGCCUGAUAUUUUUAAGUAAAUUUGUUUAGAUAGUGGUAAAAGUGAUGAAAAAAAUGAUGAAAAAUAAAAAUAGAAGGUUACAAAGAAAACUUUAAACAUUAAUUAGAAUCAAAAAAAAAAUAUGUAAAAUAAAUAAUUAAUAAAUAAAUGA